AAAGUUAAUACCUUUGGGUCAGCGUUGAGCACAAGAUAUCACAUGUCUGAGGUCGCGAUUCCCCUCAUACAUGUGUGACAUGGUCACAGCCAGCUGACUCACAGGAAGUGACUAACAGCCGCUAAGUUUCCCGUGCCUCAUGUGAAAGCAGAGUUUACGACACCUUUCCUCAUUACAUACACCGACAGAGACACUCGACACACUGAAUCAUGGAGAUCAGCACGCAGGGCUCACCUCCUUCUCCUUGGAGGGAAUGUUUUGUAACAAAGCGGAUCCAGAUGUUAGUCCCUGUUGGUUUCAAGAGAGAAAUAAAAGAGUUGUCUAAACUGGCCGGACCGGUGAUUAUGGCCCAGUUCAUGGUGUUUGCAGUUGGUUUUAUCAGUACUAUUUUCUGUGGCCAUCUGGGGAAGACAGAGCUGGCAGGGGUUUCUUUGGCCAUAGCAGUUAUUAAUGUCACAGGUAUAUCUAUUGGAGUUGGUUUGGCUUCAGCUUGUGAUACUCUGAUUUCUCAGACCUUUGGGAGCAAUAACCUCCUGAGAGUUGGGGUCAUUCUGCAGCGGGCAAUCCUCAUCGUGUUACUGGCAUGUUUCCCUUGUUGGGCGAUCCUCAUUAACACAGAGCCCAUUCUGUUGGCUGUCAGACAGGAGCCAGCGGUGGCCAGGUUGUCUCAGAUGUACGUGAAUAUCUUUAUGCCAGCACUUCCUGCUACAUUCAUGUAUUCAUUAGAAACAAGAUAUCUGCAAAACCAGGGCAUCAUAUGGCCGCAGGUAAUCACAGGCGUUGUGGUCAAUCUUUUUAACGCUCUCAUUAACUACAUCUUCCUUUACGCAUUAAAUCUGGGAGUAGCAGGUUCUGCUGUUGCCAACACCAUUUCCCAGUUCUCCAUGGCUGCAGUUCUCUAUGCUUAUAUCAUUUGGAAAGGUCUUCACAAGGCCACCUGGGGAGGCUGGUCUAAAGAGUGCCUGCAGGACUGGGGCUCAUACAUCAACUUGGCCAUCCCCAGCAUGAUCAUGAUGUGUGUUGAGUGGUGGACUUAUGAGAUUGGAAGCUUUCUGGCAGGUCUAAUAAGUGAGGUGGAGCUUGGAGCUCAAUCGGUUGUAUAUCAACUUGCUAAUGUUGCAUACAUGUUCCCUUUGGGUUUCAGUAUAGCCGGCAAUGUAAGAGUUGGAAAUGCCCUGGGAGCCGGAGACACAGAGCAGGCUAAGCUGUCCGCUAAACUGACUCUGUUCUCUGCAGCGUCAGUCUCUAUAGCUUUGUCCGUUCUCAUUGGGAGCCUGAAGGACCAUAUCUCUUAUGUCUUCACAUAUGAUGAACAAAUAAGGGAAAGGGUUGCUGAUGUCAUAGCUUUAUAUGCACCAUUUGUCCUCCUGGAUGCAAUAUCAGCGGCCUCUGGAGGCAUUAUCAGAGGAGCAGGUAAACAGAAGAUUGGGGCUAUUUGCAACAUUUUGGGAUUUUAUGGUAUUGGUUUUCCCAUUGGAGUGUCAUUGAUGUUUGCAGCCAAAAUGGGAAUCAAGGGUCUGUGGACAGGCUUGUUUACCUGUGUGUCUCUGCAGUCUUCAUUCCUGGUUUUCUACCUGGUAAGAAUGAACUGGAUGAAAGUUACAGUCAAGGCUCAAAUCAGAGCGGGCGUGCGUGGGAGCUCUACAGACACAAGUCCCCAACCAGAUGAUCCAGGGAACUCACCAGGGCAAACAGACACUAUGGAGCUGGUUCAUACCGUGGCGGAACCAGCAGUCAAAACAGUGGAGGAGGAGCUCUCUCACAGGACUCUGGUUCUGCGUAGAGGCCUGGCUCUGGCUAUCAUGCUUUUCAUACUGGCUGCUGGAAUCACUAUUAACCUGCUGAUCAUGAACUUGGUUACAUGAAUGCGAGCAAAGUCUAUUGUAUUAAGUGAAGUGCACAAUAUGAUGCAGAUGUUUGCAUUGUGGGAUGUCAAAGCAGGACAUGCAGAAGGAAAGCACACAUGAGGAUGGACAUGACAGUACACAGAGCACAGAGAGUAAACUUAUGUAUGAUCAAUGAAUUAAUCACCUUAAGCAGAAUAUUACUGUCAAACAAAUUAUUCACAAGAUCUUCCAGUGAAUCUGCAGUGUUUGUCUCACAACCACAUACUGUCAAAGAGAAUGAGUCAAACUAAAGACAGUUUUAAAAGCUUUUAUAUUUAAUGCAUUAAAUAGAUACAUUGUG